GUUGCAACUAUUCAAAUUUAAAGGGGGGAGGGUUUACUUCCUCGUUUUUCUUCAUUUACACAUACAUAACUCUUCAUUUUUAAUUUCCUUACCAAUUUUUUGUUAUUUAUUUUUGUUUUAAUCAUUCCCUAUUUUCAAUAUUUAUUUUUUCCUCUUUAUUUUCUCUUUUAUUUUUGGAGGAUGUUAAUAUGUAGAACUAUUUUGGGGGGAAUGCAGAUCAUUUUUUAUUUUUAAAAUAUUUGCAAAAUCGAUUGGACUUUGGCCAAAUGAAUAAAAACAAAUCGGGUUAUAAAUUUGAAUAUUUUUAGUUGUUAGAUUAACCACAAACAUUUCCAUACCUCUGUUUAUUUUUAAUAUUUUUUUCUGUCCAAUUGAUUUGUAAUUUUCUCCUUUCUUUUUAUUUUUUAGAAUUUAAAGUUUAUUAAAAAUGUGUGGAAUAUUCGCUUAUCUAAAUUUCUUUACGCCCAAAAAGCGUGCUGAAGUUAUUGACAUUUUGCUUCAAGGACUUCGACGUAUGGAAUAUAGAGGAUAUGAUUCUGCAGGUAUCGCAAUUGACAGCAGCAACAAUAACACCGCCGACAAUAAAGAUCAUAAUGAUGUUGGUGUAUUCAGAAAGACUGGGAAGGUGGAUGCUCUUUAUGACCAUAUUAAAGAUGCAAAGGAUUUGGAUAUGGAAGUGACUUAUUCUGUUCAUUGCGGUAUUGGACACACCCGUUGGGCAACUCAUGGGAAACCGAAGGAUGAGAAUGCACAUCCACAACGUUCAAACACUCACAACGAUUUUGUGGUUGUCCACAACGGCAUUUUGACCAACUACAAAGACAUCAAAGGCUAUUUGGAACAGAAGGGACACAAAUUUGAGUCGGAGACUGAUACUGAGGUGAUUGCAAAGCUCGUCCAGCACAUUUAUGAACGCCAUACAGACUUUAGUUUUCGUCAGAUUGUCGAGAUGGCUAUUCAACAAUUGGAAGGAGCAUUUGCCUUAGCCUUUAAAAGUCGUCACUACCCAGGUCAAUUGGUAGCUGCUAGGCGUGGAAGUCCUUUGCUUGUAGGCAUCAAAAGUGACUCGCGGCUUACUACAAACCAUUUUCCUGUUAAUUACAGCAAAGAUCAAUGUUAUGCUCUUGGAAAGACACUUAAUUUGGACGAAAGUGAUACCCAUCAAGCUUUAAAUACACCUCCGCCAGGUGUGGCACCAAUCACUACCGAGGUUUUUAAUUCUGCUCGUUCGUUUGCUGGUGGAUUCCCUCCUGAGAUUCUUACCUCAACGGCUCAUAAAUCUUCAGGACCUGCAAGUCAAGAGGGAACUCCGCGAAGUAUUCGUCCAUUUGACACGACAAAUUGGGAAGUUGAAUAUUUUAUUGCUUCGGAUGCGAGUGCCAUUAUUGAACAUACUCGACAGGUUAUUUACCUUGAGGAUGAUGAUAUUGCCUUUGUUGAAAAUGGCUCUCUUUCUAUUCACCGAGUCAAGAGGGAUGGGGAAGGACAGCCUGAGGAACAGACUCGAGAAGUUCAACGUCUCACAAUGGAAUUACAACAAAUUAUGAGGGGAGAAUACAAGACGUUUAUGCAAAAAGAAAUUUUUGAGCAACCCGAAUCUGUUGUUAAUACAAUGAGAGGAAGGGUAUUGCAUGAAAGUGGAAGUAUUGUUUUGGGUGGAAUUAAGACUUUUAUGAAUGACAUUCGCCGUUGCCGUCGUUUGAUAAUGAUAGCUUGCGGGACUUCUUACAAUUCAGCAUUAGCCUGCAGACAAUUAAUGGAAGAGCAGACAGAAUUGCCAGUUGUUGUUGAAUUGGCGAGUGAUUUUUUGGACCGUGAAACGCCGAUUUUUCGAGAUGAUGUUUGCUUCUUUAUUAGUCAAAGUGGAGAAACUGCUGAUACUUUGAUGGCUUUGCGUUAUUGUAAACCUCGUGGUGCUCUCACAAUUGGAAUUACUAACACUGUGGGUAGUUCAAUAUGUCGUGAAACGCAUUGUGGUGUCCAUAUUAAUGCUGGUCCUGAAAUUGGUGUUGCUUCGACUAAGGCAUAUACUUCUCAAAGUAUUGCUCUUGUUAUGUUCGCCUUGAGCAUGAGUGAUGACCGUAUUUCACUUCAAAAACGACGUACUGAAAUUAUUGAGGGAUUAAAAGCUGUUAGUGAUCAAAUUAAAAAAGUUCUUCUAACUGACAAGCAAGUAUUGGAAAUUGCUCAAAAAAUUUAUAAAGAAAAAUCCAUUUUGGUUAUGGGUAGAGGUUACAAUUUUGCUACUUGUCUUGAGGGUGCUCUGAAAAUUAAAGAACUUUCUUAUAUGCAUUGUGAAGGUAUUCUCAGUGGGGAGCUUAAACAUGGCCCUCUGGCAAUGGUUGAUGAGAAUAAAUGCAUUGUUAUGAUUAUUUGUAAUGACAACGUUUACAUUCGUUCUCUCAACGCUAUGCAGCAAGUUAUGGCUAGAGGAGGCAAACCAAUUGUUAUUGCUGACGAGACUGUACCUAAUUCUGACUUGGAAGAAGUUGAGCAUAUUAUUCGUGUUCCAAAAACGGCAGAUUGUCUUCAAAAUAUUUUGAGUGUUAUUCCACUUCAAUUACUUGCUUAUCACGUUGCUAAUUUGAAUGGAUUUAAUGUGGAUCGACCUCGUAAUCUUGCAAAGUCGGUGACUGUUGAGUGA